UCAUAAACUAUUUAAGCGAAAGCCUUGAGAGAAGCCAGUUUAAAGUUGUCAGCCAUUCAAUCUAGUGCGUGCAAUCGCGGAAAAAACGAAAAUGAAUCUAACAGUAGGACUUUCCCUUUUGUUCAGUGUAGUUUCACUUACAAGUGCAGCUAGUAUACAGCGGAGUGAUGAAGCAGAUGUUGUCACCUCAAUACUGGAAGGUUUGAAUUUAAACGACGUUCUUAUUGAAUUGAUCGAGCAAUUCAAGAACAUUAUGCCUUGUGGGAUUCCUAGCUUGGGAGUUCCAGCUUUGGUGCCUUUUGAGCUAAAUCACACUGCAUUCAAAAUUGAUAAACCUGGACUUCUGUACUUUGAUGGAGAGAUCAACGACUUAUUUGUUGAUGACAUGAACAAUUUCGAUGUUGUGAACGUUGAUCUUCAGAUCUUCAAGCUGAAAUUAGACUUCAGUUUUCUUUUCCACUCAAUUAAAACUACUGGAAAGUAUAAGGCACAAGGAAAAGCCUUGAGUUUUAUUCCAUUCAACAGGAGCGGAAAUUUUGGAUUCAACUUCAAUGGUUUGAGCCUAGCUGGAUCAAUUAAAGUGGCAUUGAAUGGCGAUAAGCUGCUUGUCGAAGAGUUUAAGUUGUACCCAACAGUGAAAUCUGUGAAUUCCAAAUUCGAACACGUUUUCUUCCUACCACUCACUAACCUGAUCUUCAAUAAAAUCGUUGAGUCAGUUGUGCCAAAAUACCUGAGGGAAAAUCAAGAGGACGUUUCAUUGUUCCUGGAGAGUUACAUCAAACCAGAAGUCAACGAGCUAUUGGGAGACUACACUCUUGAAGAUCUCAUGGGUUUGCUACAGGGUUCAGAAAAUGGAACCAUUCCAAGCACUUGUUAAAUGUACUCAUUUGGUCGUUAUCUCAAACUCAUCAUCGAAUCCUUCCAUUAGUUGCAAUCAACACCCACCAUAACAAGGGCAAAUAAAAAUGUUUACUGAAAAGAGAAA